CAGCAUCCUCUGUCCACUGUUUCUUACUCUCAAUUCUUACUUCUUACUUCUCUUAAGCUUAUCUGGUUGUCUUUUAGCUCGCUUUUCUUCCUUCCUGGUGUCUUUUUCCCCAAUCUCCACAACGAAUUUUCUUUUCCCUUCUCAUAUCCACAUACCCCAUCACUCACCAUGACUAACUGCACCACCGAUUGGAGCAACGUCACGCUCGCUACUUUCAACCAGACUCUACUCAAUGAUACCUCAUUGUGUACGAAAUGCACCUGUCCUCUCGUCCUGGACGGCGAGCAGCUGUCAUGGGUGCGAUACUACCCGAAUCUGGCGGGCAACGUCCUCUACGCAGCUCUCUUCGGCCUCUUUCUCGUGAUGCAGCUUUUCCUCGGCAUUCAGCGCAAGACGCGUGGAUACAUGAUCGGCAUGACCCUUGGAUUGAUUCUUGAAGUCUUGGGCUAUGUCGGACGCAUUCUCCUCCGCUACUCGAUGUUCGAAUUCUCGUGGUUCUUGAUGUACCUCGUUCCCCUCACCAUCGCCCCGGCUUUCAUCUCCGCCGCUAUCUAUUUGACUCUGUCGCGGAUUAUCACAAUUUACGGUGCUGAGCACGCCCGCUUCCGCCCGCAGGUCUACACCUACAUCUUCAUCACGUUCGACAUCAUCGCCCUGCUGCUGCAAGCCGUGGGUGGUGCCGUCGCCUCCAUCGCCGACGCCUACUCGUCCAUGCAGGACCAGGGUGUGCACGUCAUGGUUGGUGGCCUUGCGUGGCAGGUGGUGUCUCUGUUCAUCUUCUCGUGCCUGGCUCUGGAUUUCUAUCUACGUGUGAACCGUGCUAGCCGCAAAGGAGUCCCGCUCAACCCGGCGUUUGACUCUCUCCGCGCCCAGCGAUCCUUCGAGCCCUGGUUCAUUGUCUCCCUGUCUCUGGCCGUCCUUUUCAUCUUUGUGAGGAGUGUGUUCCGGUGUGCUGAGCUACAGGGUGGAUUUGGCGGCGAGUUGGCCAAUGAGGAGAUUACAUUCAUGGUGCUGGAGGGAGCGAUGAUGGUGCUGGCUUGCGGGUUGUUGACAUUCUUCCAUCCCGGCUUGAUUUUGGGGGCUAGGGAGUGGGCGUUGGCUAAGUGGAGUCGCGGCGGUAAGGGGGCUUAGAUUAGAUUAUUUUCUUUGGAUGCGGCUCACGGCUGGGGAUUGGGUGGGGGAAUGUGACCGGGUGUGAUGUGAUGAGGUGGUUUACGUGGAAGAGAUUUGUUUGCUUCCUUGCGUUCUUGCUUACGGGUAUUAGGCUUAGGCUUGGCUGGGCUUGGCUUGGGUUUAGGUUAAUUAUUUUGGUUUUGUUUAUCAGCCUUGCAGGUUGUUUGUGGGAAGGGGAUGAGUGAAUGACAGCUCAGAACCGAGUGUCAUGUUAAGGGCUAGACCCACUCAUGGGAAGAGAUACCUUUUUGAUUUUGUUGUAUUCACUAUUAGACUUGGAAUCUGGUUAAAAAAGAUACCUGCGUUGAG